CUGUCUGUAGUACUGGCUUGAACGUCAGAACACGUUAGUUAUUUAAAAUUAUAUAUUUGUUUCGUUACUUUGUUUAAAGAUAGUUAUAAACGUUUUAUAUUUUAAUGAUUUUAUAAGUUGUUUUUGUACCGUCGGUUUAGUAUUUUAUCAAGGAACUUAUUGCUAAUUGUUGGUUUAAAAUCGUCAUCACUUAUGAGCUAAAUUUUAAACCUCAGGUAACUGUCGAUGUCUCCCGCGAACGUUAGCCAACGCCGACAAUUUGUUACGUUUAUGUAGUUAAAAUUCCGUUACAUCCUUGAGUGCAAGUGUACGGUGGACAUAGAUAUGGAUGAAGACUUCAGUGCUAUUAAGUCUGGAAUAAGUGUUGACAUCAAAAGAACAGAUGGGAGAGUUCACCCCGCCGUGGUGUCCGGCGUCAACACCCAGACUCGGUGCGUCACCGUCGAAUGGUUCGAGCAGGGUGAGACCAAGGGCAAGGAGAUCGAGAUCGAAGCCAUCCUUGCCCUGAACCUCCACCUAGCGACGAACCUAAACAACCAGAACCACAUUCCCAACAACCAAGCCUACCCACUGGCUCGGGAAUCCAGUGAGGAGGAGGAAGAGGAGGAGGAAGGCAGCGUUCAGGAGGAUAUGGAUAAUGAGGUCCAGGCUAACGGGAACCUCCACCACCAGCAACGACCACCCUCCACCGCCACAUUGCCCAUCCGCACCCUGCCCUCCCGUUCGUACUCAACCAAAGCUUCAAUCCCGGUCAUAAGCAACAAAGAUAUAUUGGGGGCUUUCCCUGCAUUCAAUAGGAGCCCAGAAGGUGCUGAUUGUGCAGGUUCCUAUAGGUCAAAUAAAAUACAAGGCCGUCCAACGACGAUAAACAGUGCCAGUGUGAACGGCCACGCCCAGGUAGAGACACAGAGCAUCCCGCCCACUCCCACCACCCCAGUGGCCACCCCUGCGCCGCGCACCAGCAUGGCUCCUGUAGCCAACAACGUGGCAACCAACCCGAGCGCUCUGCCCUGCAGCCGCGCGCAAGGCCGCAGCCGUCAGAGUAAUGUUGUCAAGGAGGUUGAGAAGUUGAAGAAGAAUAGAGAAGAAAGGCGGCAGCGACAGGCAGAGCUUAAAGAAGAGAAAGAAGCAUUGAUGAAUAUUGAUCCUGGCAACCCCAACUGGGAAUUCUUGGGCAUGAUCAGAGCGUACCGAGCUAAUAUUGACUUCAGACCACUCAGAGAAACCGAUGCUGUAGAAGACCAUCAGAUUACAGUUUGUGUCAGGAAAAGGCCCCUAAACAAAAAAGAGCUGACUCGCAAAGAGGUCGAUGUGAUUUCAGUUCCAAGCAAGGAUCAGAUAAUCGUUCAUGAACCUAGAAAUAAAGUAGAUCUAACCAAGUACCUUGAGAAUCAGCAUUUUAGAUUUGAUUACGCCUUUGAUGACACCUGCUCCAAUGAAAUAGUUUAUAAGUACACCGCUAAACCUCUAGUCCAAACAAUCUUCGAAGGCGGCAUGGCCACCUGCUUUGCAUAUGGUCAGACUGGGAGUGGGAAAACUCACACGAUGGGGGGAGACUUCCAUGGCAAGACACAGGACUGUAAGAAAGGCAUCUACGCAAUGGCUGCCAAGGAUGUGUUCAAGUUCCUCAAGUCUGCGCAGUACAAGCCUCUCAACCUCAUUGUGUCCGCCAGCUUCUUUGAGAUCUACAGCGGCAAGGUCUUCGACCUCUUAUCAGAUAAAUCCAAGUUAAGAGUGUUGGAAGAUGGAAACAACGUGGUACAGAUCGUAGGACUGACUGAGAAGGUUGUGGAUUCUUGUGAUGAAGUGCUAAAACUGAUCCAGCAUGGGAACGUUGCAAGAACAUCGGGACAGACGUCAGCAAACUCGAACUCGUCACGGUCGCACGCAGUGUUCCAGAUACUGCUGAGAGUUCCGGGGGUCCAGCGCAUCCAUGGCAAGUUCUCCCUCAUUGACUUGGCCGGCAACGAGCGCGGUGCCGACACAUCGUCUGCGAACAGACAAACUCGGAUGGAAGGUGCAGAGAUCAACAAGUCCCUGCUGGCUCUCAAGGAAUGUAUCAGAGCUCUGGGCCGCAAAGGAGCUCACCUACCUUUCCGAGCCAGCAAGCUGACUCAAGUGCUCAGGGACUCUUUCAUAGGUGACAAGUCCAAGACGUGUAUGAUUGCCAUGAUCAGUCCUGGCCUGAGCUCGUGUGAGCACUCACUAAACACACUGAGAUACGCAGACCGCGUCAAGGAACUGGCGGCCUCCGACCCGACCGAACCACGAAGUGGUACCAACAGCUCCCCGGAGGAUGAGCAGCCGAGGCGGCAGCAGAGCGUGCACUCGCACUCAUUCGAGGACAGUGACUUGGCCACUCUGCGCUCACUCAAUGAGGGAGAGAUAUCGGCAGAGAUGAUGACGUUCCACGAGGCUGUGUCUCAACUCCAACAGUUGGAAGACGACGUGUUGGAGUCCCACAAGACCGUGCUAGACUCACACGCGCUCUGGCGGCAAAAGCACGGUCAGCUGCUCACGAUGACACGAGAUGUUGACUACGACCAAGACGCGUACUCCAAACAGUUGGAGACCCUGCUAGCCGACCAGAUCACUGCUCUGGUGCAGUUCCGUGAAAAGAACAACCAGUAUCGUCUACAGUUGGCUAACGAAGAACAGAUCAGUCAGAAGAUGAAGAGUCCUCUUGUUUCGCAGCGUUACGCUUACAACUAAUCGGGAUAUUGGCUUGUCGCAGUCGAGUCGGCGAGGAACUGUGAAAUACCGCUUAAAUUUCUCUCUGAGUCUCACCUUUUAUACUCUAUUUAACUGUGUUAUUCGUUUUAUGAUUUGGUUUUAAAAUGUUUCCCCACUUGAGAUGAAAUGUGAAGUGUUUAACAUUGCUACAUUCCCCCUCUCCUAAUGUUUAGGCAGUCUAACCUCAACUAAUUGUGUACUAAUAAUAAGUUAGAAAACAUCACGUCAAAUUUUAAUCUUUUAUCAUGUUUUGUAAAUUUCCAGUUGAAAAUCUGUGAAAUUCAUGUAUUGAUUUAUGUAUUUAAAGCUUUAAUAAAUUAUGUUCUUUACAAA